AUGCUCCUAAAUAUUAGCAUUGAUUCAUCAAGAAACCCUUUUUCAGACAAGGUCACACUACCACAAGAUGUGGUGCGCAAGUUGGUAGAUGAUGGCGUUGAAUUCACCACAUCGAGACCCAUAUUUCUACGUCUGACAGCUUUUGAGAACUCCAAAAAUGGUCCAACUAAGCUCUGCAGUAUUUCUGUUAGUGUUAGAGAGUUUGCGCUCGAGGACUCUCAAUCAGUAGUGAUACCUUGGUACCUGGCCUUUAAAAUGAACAUUCUGGACAAGAUUAAUCGUAAUGAAAUAUUUAUGGACUAUGUGCUUGACGAGGCUAUCCCAGAUGGCUCACACGUCUCGUUAGAGCCUCUCGGUUCAAUUGCCUGGCGCAAUUUACAACAAAACUCACAAAAAUACGCGAACAGCCCUGUCGUUGAUGAGCCAUUCACCGAGAAGUUUGUUCUAGAUGAUUUCUUCCUCAAAAGCUUUCUGGAAGCCCGUUUAAACAAUGCCUUUUCUAGUAUAAGCAAGGACGAUUAUAUAUUAAUGUCCACGAACUCCAACGGCGAGCUUUCGGACAAACUGUACAAGUUUAAAGUGGAAGGACUAUCUCCGGGAAGCACGGUAAAUGUGGUUAACACAGAUCUUGAGCUAGAGGUUGUGCGUACUAUAAAAGCCCCUGCUCACACUGCCGGGACUGGUAUCAGCAGCAGCAGCGAACUAUCCGUUGGUGAACAAGGCAGAAAGAACGUCAGAGUCUCAAUUGGAGACGUAAUAUCAAUCACACCUUCAGAAUCAAAUACAGUUUUUCAACUAGCCAGCCGCUCCAACCUCGAGCUAUGCAUUAUUGAGAAUGACACGGACGAAUCCGGCCAGAUUUUCCUUGGAGGCGACAACACAGUUGAUUUUGAUUGCUGUUUAUUAAGCUCGAACUCAGUACCCUCUAGUAUUCUCCGCCUUCAAAAGAAUAUAAGUUCAAGAAUCGAACUUCCGGAAGGUAAGAUCUAUUUUGUAGUGAGGUUCGACGAUGGGUCGCUUGAACGAGUUCUCAAGUUUACUGUCCAAGAGAAGACCUUAGAAUUGAAUAGAAGUUCCUCCGAUCACCAGUUAUGCCCCCAUUGCGGAAACUAUAUUCCCAACACUGCAUAUGAUCUCCAUGAACUGCGAUGUUCUCGGAGCGUCAAAACUUGCCCUGAGUGCCCAAAGAAAUUCAUCAAUGUUAGCAGUGUACCGCCAGAACAUUGGCAUUGUAGCCAGCAGCAUCCUUUAAUGUUUGGUGACACAACCCGGUCCCUAAAACGUCAUCAGCACUUCUAUCAUGAACCUCAAAUUUGCGACCUUUGCCAAUCACAUUUUCAAAAUUUAGAAUUGAUGGCUAGGCAUAAGCAUGAUGAAUGUCCAAUGAAAGAACACAUCUGUCGCUUUUGUCAUUUAUCACUUCCUAGAGAAAAAUCGACUGUCGAGUCCAGAUACUUUGGCUUAUCUGGUCAUGAGUUAGCUUGUGGUAUGAAAACCACAGAAUGUUACAAAUGUGGGAAAAUAGUUAAAAGAAUGGAACUGGAUCUUCAUUUAGGUAUCCAUAAUGCAGAAAAAGUUGACAAGGCAAAAAGGCUGCAGCUUACACUAUGUAAGAACGUCAAUUGCUGUCGAACAUUGGGGGAAGUUUGGAAUGCUCAGUCUCUCUGUGAUGUAUGUUAUGGGCAAUUUUACUCUACACAGGAUGACCCCGAUGGAAGUCAGUUUCUAAAGAAACUUGAGAGGAAAUACGUUAUCCAACUUUCUAGAGGCUGUGGCUCAACUUUUUGCAAAAACAUGAACUGCAAAUCAUCCGGUUUGUCGCAAUUAUCAUCAAUGUCAGAGGUUAUGAACCAUGUUCACAAAAGCCUGAUGGUCGUUCCGAUCUCUCAAUUUUGGAUAUGUGUGGAUGAAGCAACUACGAAGAAGAAGCUUGUCGCAGACAUGUACGCUGAACUUAAAAGUGGAAAAUAUGAAAUUGAGUGGAUAUACUAUGGCGUGAAUCGGAUCCCGUCAGUCACUACAGAUGCUCUCGAUCAUUGGUUAGGGGAAAACGCAAUCCCUAGCCCUCUUAAAUAA